AUGGAUGCUCGUCAGGUGUUGCAGAGCACCCUCGCACCAGAUGCGGCGGAACGUACCAAUGCCGAGCAGCAACUCGCCCACGCCGCGGAGGUCGACUUCGCCGGAUAUCUCGUCACCCUUGGCCAGGAGCUGGCCAACGAGACCAGCCCCGCCCAGGCCCGUGUUGCUGCUGGUAUCGCCUUGAAGAACGCCUUUACUUUCCGAGACCAGGCCAAGCUGCGGGAGGUGCAGCUUCGAUGGGUUCAGCAGAUCAACACCGAGACCAAGGCGCAGGUUAAGGAGCUUGCGCUCAAAACCUUGCAUUCGCCCGACACCCGAGCUGGGAAUGCCGCCGCGACCCUCAUCGUUUCGAUUGCUGCGAUCGAGCUGCCGCGCAAUGAGUGGCCUGACUUGAUGGGCAUUCUCGUCCAAAAUGUGGCGAGCGGCUCCGACGCCCUGAAGCAGUCCUCUUUGACCACCAUCGGUUUCAUUUGCGAGUCGCAAGAUCCAGACCUCCGCCAGAGCUUGGCCGCGCAUUCCAACGCUAUCCUGACCGCGGUCGUGCAGGGUGCCCGACGCGAGGAGCAGAACAUGAACGUCCGUAACGCUGCCAUUGCCGCGCUUAGUGAUGCCGUCGAUUUCGUGCGCUCCAACAUGGAUAACGAGGGAGAGCGGAAUUACAUUAUGCAGGUGGUCUGCGAGGCGACUCAGGCCGAGGAUAUCAGCGUGCAAGCUGGCGCGUUCGGCUGUUUGAACCGUAUCAUGGGUGCCUACUAUGAGAAGAUGCGCUUCUACAUGGAGAAGGCCCUGUUUGGCCUGAGCAUCAUGGGUAUGAAGAGCGAGGAAGAGGAAGUCGCAAAGUUGGCUAUCGAGUUCUGGUGCACCGUUUGCGAAGAGGAGAUUGCCAUCGAAGAUGACAACGCUGAGGCCCAACAGGAGGGUAUUGAGCUUCGUCCGUUCUUCGGUUUCGCCCGCGUGGCUACCCGAGAGGUCGUCCCGGUUUUGCUCCAGGCAAUGUGCCGACAAGAUGAGGACGCUGGUGAUGAUGAGUACAACGUCUCUCGUGCUUCCUACCAAGCGCUGCAGCUCUACGCCCAGUGCGAGAACAUUCGCAACGCGGACUGGCGCCAUCGGGAUGCUGCUGUUGCUGCCUUUGGUGCUAUCAUGGAUGGCCCUGAGCCUCGUGUGCUGGAGCCUUUGAUCAAGCAGGCGUUGUCGGUGCUUCUUGGUAUGAUGGAAGACUCUUCCGUCCAGGUCCGAGACUCUACUGCCUAUGCCCUGGGUCGCGUAUGUGAUUGCUGCCCCGAGGUUCUGGACCCCGAUGUGCACCUGCACCCGCUUAUUUCCUGCCUCUUCAACGGCCUCGCGAGUACCCCCAAGAUUGCCAGCUCUUGCUGCUGGGCUCUUAUGAAUGUUGCAGAUCGGUUCGCCGGCGAUGCUGGCUCGCAGACCAACCCUCUGUCGAGGCACUUUGAGGACAGCGUGAAGUCGCUUCUUCAGGUCACUGAGAGACAGGAUGCCGACAACCAGCUCCGCACUGCGGGAUACGAGGUCCUCAACUCCUUUGUCCUCAACUCUGCCAAUGAUAGCCUGCCCAUGAUUGCGACGCUCUCGGAUGUGAUUAUCCAGCGUCUCGAGCACACGAUUCCUAUGCAGCAACAGGUUGUCAGCGCGGAGGACCGUAUCCUUUUGGAGGAGAUGCAAACUAGUCUGAUCAGUGUGGUUCUGGCUAUCGUCCAGCGUUUCGAGGCUGAGAUCAAGCCGCAGGCCGACCGUAUCAUGAGCGUUCUGCUCCAGGUUCUGUCGACCGUCGGUGCCAAGUCUAGCGUGCCCGACGUGGUUUUCGCCACCAUCGGUGCUAUUGCCAACGCUCUUGAUGAGGAUUUCAUUAAGUACAUGGAUUCAUUCACCCCCUUCCUCUACAAUGCAUUGGGCAACCAGGACGAGCCUGGUCUCUGCUCCAUGGCCAUUGGCUUGGUUAGCGAUAUCUCGCGUGCCUUGAACGAGAAGGUCCAGCCGUACUGUGAUACCUUCAUGAACCUCCUGCUUAGCACCCUCCGGACUUCCUCGAACCAACUCAAGCCGGCUAUUCUGGAGACCUUUGGUGACAUCGCCCAGGCGAUUGGAACUAAUUUCGACACUUACCUGUCUACUGUUGGCACGGUCCUCCAGCAGGCCUCUGUUGUGACCACCAGUUCUGACCUUCCGUAUGACAUGGUGGAUUACAUUGUUUCUCUCCGUGAAGGUAUCAUGGAUGCCUGGGGUGGUAUCCUCCUCACUUACAAGGGCAAGCCUCAGAUUGUUCAACUCCAGCCGUUCGUUGAGUCUAUCUUCCAGCUUUUGCACAACAUUUCCCAGGAGGGCAAUCGUAGCGAGGGCCUUAUGCGCUCCUCGAUGGGUGUUAUUGGUGACCUUGCCGAUGCCUUCCCCAACGGCGAACUUGCUGCAUACUUCCGCAAUGAAUGGGUCACCAGCCUGAUUCGAGAGACUCGCACGACCAGACAGUACAGCCCGCGCACAAUUGAAACUGCUCGCUGGACCCGUGAACAGGUGAAGCGCCAGGUCAACCUAAGCACUGCCAUGGCAUAA